UUCUGUUCUGGAACACAGGCUACAGAACCGCCUCAGAUUGGAGCCGUGAGAUAAAUGUUCAUGUAAACGGGAUUAAGAGCGAUUAUUUCUGUAGCCGGUUCAGAGAGUGCUUCAGCGGCGGUGGAAUAAGUGUCGGGAUUAGGUGUGAAGUGACUCGGAUUUAAAAUAACGUAAAUAGAUAUAAAACAGUGUCUCUUAUUUAAAGUUCAGAGCGCUCGAGACGUUAUUAUUUUCCCGCCGGCGGGAAUCGAGCUGAUCAUGGCGGAGUUCGGUAAUGGACUGGCGGAGGAAUCUCUGCUCGAUUCAGACCCCGGUCAUCCGGAGCUUGAAGACCCGGGAGUCGGUGACGAGGAGCCGGGUUUAGAUGAAGGAGAGGCCGCUAUUGAGGAUCCGGAGCUGGAGGCCAUCAAAGCCCGGGUGAGAGAGAUGGAGGAGGAAGCCGAGAAACUGAAGGAGCUCCAGAAUGAGGUGGAGAAACAGAUGAACCUCAGUCCUCCACCGGCCGGUCCUGUCAUCAUGUCGAUUGAAGAGAAGAUCGAAGCAGAUGGAAGAUCCAUUUAUGUCGGAAAUGUGGAUUAUGGAGCGACAGCAGAGGAACUUGAAGCUCAUUUUCAUGGAUGUGGCUCUGUUAAUAGAGUCACUAUCUUAUGUGACAAAUUCACAGGACACCCCAAAGGAUUUGCGUAUAUCGAGUUUGCAGAUAAGGAGUCUGUUAGAACAGCCAUGGCGCUGGACGAGUCCUUGUUCCGAGGAAGGCAGAUCAAGGUCGGCGCGAAGAGAACGAAUCGGCCGGGCAUCAGCACCACGGACCGCGGCUUCCCCCGGGCCCGGUUCCGCUCACGUGGAGGGAGCUUCUCGUCUCGGGCUCGGUACUACAGCGGAUACACGCCUCCCAGAGGGAGAGGACGGGCCUUCAGGUUUCAGGACCAGUGGAGGCUGAGCACUCCUCCUCCCCCCGUGGCUGCAGCGCCCCCUACGGUCUCGCCGUCCUCGCUCUCUCUGUCCACUCCCUCUAUUCCCCUGUCCACGCUCAUGUGGGGUGGCGGGGGAGGGGCGCAGGGUGACCCCCGGCCCAUUUACUACAACAAUAAACGCUGAACGGCAGCGUAACGCUCGAAACGACACUAACACACACCUCCACCACCACUUAUUUAUAUAGCGAGAGCAAAGCAGCGGGGUCAGCGUGAGCGAGGGAGUGAGGGGCAGGAUGAGGGUUCGAGGGUAAACGGGGAGGGCGCAUUUUUAAGGCCCUUGUUUCAGACUGAGGACUGAUCGUGGAAUUUAGGGCUAAAGAAGGAAAGGAUCUGAGCUUUUAAUUUGUCGGGAGGGAGGGGUGUGUGGAGAUGGGUUUGUUUCCCCCCGCCGGGCUUCUGUUCCUUUUCUGAGAUGGGGAAUGGGUUUGGAAAAAGAAGUGCUUUUUUAUUUUUAUUUUUAACCCAUGAGUCUGUAAUUAAGAAAAAAAAAAUAAAAGAUUGUAAAAAUGAAA